GCAUCUGUCAAAAGCCCACAUUUCAACUGCUGCCCUUCCUGUGCAGCAGCCGAGGAACCACGGAGGAUUGGAUUCUUCUGCACAAAACCUCCCGUUAAAUCCCUUUUCUUCCUCGCGUCUUUCAUCUCAUCCUUUCUGGUUACUGCCUAGCAACAAUGAAGAAAGUGGGCUAGAUCUUUAUGAUCAAAUGCCGGGGAACAGCUCCCGAUUCUAGCUAGCCCUUGCUGCUUUGCCUCCCAUCGCCACUAGAAAUAUGGAUCCUGGAGAGAGAACACAGCACCGCAUUGUCCACGAAGGGAACCACCAACUGUAAAAGCUUCAAUGCUUCUAUUGUCAGCAGCAGCAGCAGCAGCAGACAAUGUCUGGGAGGAUGGGAACUAGAAGUGCUGCUUCCGUCCCUUGAGAAAUGACCACAGAGAAUUCAAGGCAAGGCGGCUGGUGAACAGGGAAGGAAGCAGAGAGAGGGACACAGUGGAUGCCGUGAAAAGCAGCCUUGGGCAGCUGGCUGUUGGGGGGGGGGAGGGAGACGAGAGCAUGGCUGAUAGCAUCUUUUCCGCUGAAGGGAUGGUGUGCCAAAACUACUUGCACUGAGCUUAAUCUUUCCAUGCUACAAAUGGCCUGAACGAGGAAGAGCUUGUCGGUCACCAGCCAUCUGCCUACAAAAGGCUCAAGAUGGAUCCCAUGAAAUAGCAGUGGGUCCCAAGCCAAGAAAACGCUUCCUUCGAUCCUUCUCAUAUCCCUUAUUGGAUACUUACAACAUGCUUCAGUGGAGGAGGCGCCAUUGCUGCUUUGCCAAGAUGACCUGGAAUACCAAACGCUCCCUCUUCCGCACACACUUCAUUGGCCUACUCUCCCUUGUGUUCCUUUUUGCUACAUUUCUCUUUUUUAACCACCACGAUUGGCUGCCUGGGAGAGUUGGAUACAAAGAAAACCCCGUGGCAUAUACUACGCGGGGAUUUAGAUCAACAAGAAGUGAAACCAACCACUCCUCUUUAAGGACCAUUUGGAAAGACGCCAUUCCUCAAACCCUGAGGCCACAGGUGAUGACGGCUAAUUCCAACGACACAGGAGUGUCACCUCAGGGAGUCACUGGUUUGGAGAACACGCUCAGUGCCAAUGGGAGUAUAUACAAUGCAAAAGGAACUGGCCGUCCAGCUUCGUAUCAUUUCAAAUACAUCAUCAAUGAGCCUGAAAAAUGCCAGGAAUCAAGUCCCUUCCUAAUACUUCUGAUAGCCGCAGAACCAGACCAGGCGGAACCUCGGCAAGCCAUCAGGCAAACCUGGGGAAACGAAAGCUUGGCACCUGGGAUUCAAAUACUUCGGAUUUUUUUGCUAGGUUUAAGUAUUAAACUGAAUGGAUACCUUCAGCAAGCCAUCCUGGAAGAAAGCAGGCAAUACCACGAUAUCAUCCAACAAGAAUACGUGGAUACUUAUUACAACUUAACAAUUAAAACGCUCAUGGGGAUGAACUGGGUGGCCACCCACUGCCCAAAUGUUGCAUACGUUAUGAAAACUGACAGCGACAUGUUUGUAAAUACGGAGUAUUUGAUACACAAGCUUUUGAAACCGGAGCUGCCUCCCCGGCAAAAAUACUUUACUGGCUACCUAAUGAGGGGCUAUGCACCUAACAGGAACAAAGACAGCAAGUGGUACAUGCCACCUGAUCUGUAUCCAAGCGAACGCUACCCUGUGUUCUGCUCUGGGACUGGCUACGUGUUUUCUGGAGAUUUAGCGGAAAAGAUUUUCAAGGUUUCACUGAGUAUCAGGCGGUUGCAUUUAGAGGAUGUGUAUGUAGGCAUCUGCCUUGCCAAACUGAGAAUUGACCCAAUGCCCCCACCCAAUGAGUUUGUCUUCAAUCACUGGCGGGUUUCUUAUUCCAGCUGUAAAUAUAGUCAUCUAAUUACCUCCCAUCAGUUCCAGCCUAGCGAACUGAUCAAAUACUGGAAUCACUUGCAACAGAAUAAGCACAAUGCCUGUGCCAACACGGCAAAAGAAAAAGCGGGAAAGUAUCGUCAUCGUAAACUGCACUAAAAAGGACUUAAAAUACUGCAAAGUGUAAAAAGAAAAAUCCAGUUGAAAGCAUGUACAGUGGCGGGGGGGGGUGAUGUGCUUAAGAGGGAGAUAUUUAAGAGGAAGCACUUAUUGUGUGAAAAUUAUUUUUUUAAUUUAAAAAAAAUUAUCUAAUUCUUUAAAAUAUUACAAAAGGAAUAUUAAUCAAAAGGUUUUCAAUGGCAGGAAAAAGAGAAAAGGCAGUAUCAAGAUAUUUGUGUUGAUGUGCAAUAAUAAGCAUGCACAGCUUGGUGGUACAAUUGCUAUUUUAUGUGCCAAUAAAAUUCACUACGCAAAUAUUCUAUAUUAAUUUAAUUUUUAAAAGUUUUUUUUUUUAAAAAAUGACCGUGAAAAACACAACUGAAAAAAUACAAAUCAAAUUUCUCCCACUGACUGAAAUUUCAGCUGAGUAUACAUAACUUUCAAACACGAUUUUAUGUGGCACCAAUGCUAUCAGAGGUUUUAAAGAAUUCCCUUGCUCCAAUAGAGAUAAUAUCUUGGAACAAGAACACUGACAACUAUGUAAAAUAUAAAAUCUCAUACAGAUCAUAGCUUGCCUCAUUAAAAUAUUCUUAAUGAACUGUUUUCUUGUAAUACAAGUCCUUUCAAUAGUAAAAACACAUUGACUGCCAUGUAAGGUACACCAUUAUUUCUUGACAAAUUUUACCUAAUAUUUUAGUGAUCUAUCAAAAUAGAAAGGAAUUACUUUUAGAGACUACAGUGAGAUAUACUAAAUCCAAAAGUUGUAUUUAUAAGUUUCAUUUGGAAAAUAUGUAACAAUCUACAUGUUAAAAAAUAUUUAGGUAUGUAUCAGGUUUCCUGUGAUGCCAUCUAUUUUUUCAGUUCACCUAACAGCACCCACCCAAGAAGAAUUACUCUAGUAACUAGAGUAUAUAAAAGAUAAGAUCCUAUAUCCCACUCUUUGUUAUAGAGAUAGCUUAAUAUUCUACUAACAAUGUUUUCCAUAAAGACACUCAAACUGAACAGAAAAUGGUUUUUUAAAACUAUCAAUUAAAUCCUGACAUUUGGUGAAUAAGCAGAUUUUAAAAUUUAUCAAUGACACAUGGAGAUUCUAUUAAGGUUCUUUAACAGA